CUAAGUCAAUGGCGCCUAAAAGUGGAAUUCUUGUUGGUCGCUUUUUAUAACCAACAAAUAUAAUAUAUAAAAAAAUAUUAUUUAUCGAAUAAACAAAGUUAAAAAGCAAUAUUAAAAACAUUAAAAUGCCAAAAAAACGUAAAAGUUUAGAUCUAAGUGAUUAUUGUCGAGUUUGUUUAUCAAAAGAUGAUUGUAUGGCUGAUUUAUUUCUGCCAGAUAUUUUUACUAAAAUCAAGGAGGUCGCGAGUUCAGCAACGGUUGAGAUAAAUGAUACAACAAAUGAUGGAUUACCAAGAAAUAUAUGUCACAUUUGUUUGCAUAAAUUGGAAGAAUGGUUUGAUUUUAAAUCACAAUUUAUCAAGACAAGCAAAGAGCUUGUUGACUAUGUCCAUGGCAAUUCAGACUUUUCUGAUCAUAUAUCAGCUGCUAAAAGGAAAAUUGAUGAUAGUCCCCUCAGUGAAAAUACAAGAAAAGCCAAAAUUCAACAAUUGAAAAAACGAAAAAUUGAAUUUGAAUUGCCAACUCUUGAGCCAGUGAUUAAUAUAAAUGAAGAAAAUAACCAAGAAGACAUAGAUACAUUACCAAAAAUUGAUGAUAAUAAUACAAAAAUUGGUCCAGAUAGUACAUCAGGUUCUCAAUUACUUCAAAAUACAUCACCAACAACAAGAAGCCGUCAAUUGGGACCACGUAAAACAAAUGAACAACGUCUUGCAUCCACUCAACGUUGGGAAGCACGUAAAAAAGCAUUACUUGCUGCAACUGGUGAAGAUGAUUCAGAUACAGAUACAAUUCCAUCUGAUGAAACACAAUUAUCACCAAUUCAAAAAGCACGAGCUAAAAAUAAUGCACAAAAAGAUGUUGAUUAUCAAAAAAAUUUAACAAAUACAAUGAAUAAUUUGGGUAAAACAGAAGCUGAAAAACUAUCAUCAUCAAUAAUUAUUGAUUUAACAACACCAGAAAUUGAAAAUAAAAAAGACAAUAAUGAAAAUAUUUCAGAAAAUAUUGUUAAUUCAGAAUUAGUUAUUGGUGAUGAAACAUUUAUUAUAACAUCAACAUUAACAUCAACUAAUUCAAAUUUUGUAAAUAAUGUUAAAAUAAAUGAUUUACCAAUGUUGCUUGAAUUAAAUCAAAAAGAUAUUGAACGACAAAAUAAUGAAGAAAAACGUGAAAUGCUUGAUGCCAUGCAAUUACGACCAGUUAAUAAUAGUAAUAAUAAUUCAGUUAAAAAUUGUAUGACACUUCAAGUUGUUGCAAUUGAAACUGAAUCAUUAACUCGUAUGCAAAGUGAAUUAACGAAAUUUCUUAAUGAUGAUAUGAAAAAGAAAAUUGAUAGCAAUGAAUUUCUAAGUGAUACAAAAGUUAUAUUAAAAAAACCAAAUGAUUCAUAUCAAACACUUGAUCAAAAAUUAAAAAAUCUUAUUGAAAAUACAAUUAAAAAAAAUAUUGAUAAAAAUAAAAUAAUUGAACCUGGUAAUUCAUAUACAUCAGAAUUUAUAAAAGCUGCUGAAAAAUCAAUAGUGUUUCAGCCAAAAGUAUUAUUGGAUCGUAUUGAACCAAUUCCAAGUUAUAAUUCAAAUAAAAAAAAUGAAUUAACAAUUAAAAAAUCUCCAUCAAUUAAUAAAAAUAUUAUUGACAAAAAAAAUCCACAAACUUUACCAGUUAUACCAUCAUCAACAAAAAAAUCACAAACAACAAAAAUAGAACAGUACAUAAAACAGUUCGAAAAUUACUCUUCAAUAUCAUCAUCAAAUAAUACUAAUAAUAAUGGUGGUAAUGAUGAUGAUGAUGACGAUGAUGAUGAUAAUGAAGUAAUUGAUAUAUCAAUGAAUAAUACAACAAUGAUUGAUGAAAGUUCAGAAGAAACAAGUCGUCAUGUUUGUGGUGAUUGUGGUGCUGUAUUUUCAACAAAAGAAGAAGUUAAACAACACUUUGAUGAACAUAAUAAUGAAUUAAAAAAACCAAAAGUUAAACGUUGUAAAAGAUGUAAAGUUAUUGUUGAUGCUGAACUUGUUAAAACACAUGUUUGUAGAAAUAAAAUUACCCAUAAUUGUUUAACAUGUAAUACAACAUUUAAAACAGAUAAAAUGUUGGAAAAACAUAUGAAAAUACACAAGGAUGAACAUAUUAAUAUUGAAAGGGUAAAUAAUUUAUCAAUUGACAAAAAAAAUAUUGAUAAAAUUUAUAGUAAAAGUGGUAUUAUAAAUGAUGAUUCUUGUAAAAAUAAUAUUAAAUUUGACUGUUAUAUUUGUGACAAAAUUUUUGAUAAUGAGAUUAUUUUGAAAAAUCAUUUACAGGAUCAUAUUAAUACAACUGCUGUUAAAACUGAUGGUAUUCCUGUUGAUAAACAACAAGCUGGGAAUUCAUUGAUUGAGAUGACAAUAAAUACAACACAACAUGAACUCAUGACAACUCAAAAACUUGAAGAAAUAUUGGCUGAAAGUAGUGAUAAUAUAAAUACUGAAACAACAACAACAACAACAACAAAUAAUAAUAAUAAACUUCAAUUUUCAAAUGAUUAUUUUGAUGGUAAUGAUAAACCAGCUGAAAAUUUACAAGAUGAACCAAAAGAUACUAUUUUAUGUGGAAUGUGUCUACUUUAUAUACCAACUGGUGAUGCUGAAAAACACAUUACUGAACAUCUAGUUAAAGAAGGCGCAAAUGAAUCAAAUAAAUCUAAUGUUAUUAAUAACGAUGGCAACGAUCUUCAUCAUGAUAAUCAAGAAGAACAUUCAUUUAGUAAUGAAAAUAAUAUUAUUGAACAAUCAAAUGUUAAAAAUGAAACAAAGGUAUUAUUGUAUGAUUGUGUACAAUGCAAUGAAAAAUUUGAAUCUGAAAAAAAUUUAGAUCAACAUAUGACAACACAUGAAGAAGAUACUGUCUACGACGAAUUUGAAGAUCAUCAAAUUAAAUCACAAAACAAACAUUUAUGCACAAUAUGUAACUCGAGUUUUGAAAAUGAAAAUUCACUUGCUGAACAUCUUGAUAAUAAUUGCGAUAAUAAUUCAACAACUUGUGGUAUCUGUAAUGAAAAAUUACCAAACUUUGAAGAAUUUGAAUCACAUGUAGCUGAACAUUUUACGUAAAAUUAUGAAUUUUCUUUUGUUUACAAGAUACUUUUUCCUUUUUUUUUAUUAUUAUUAUUAAUAUCCGAAUAAAUACUUUUAUUAUUUUAUGCCAAAUUUAAAUAGCGGCAAGAAAAAGUUUAAAUAUAUUUUGAUUUUUUUAAGUUAAGUAAUUUUGAUGAUGAUGGAACUUAUUUUUGUUUUUUUUUUUUUUUUUCUUCUCUCGUUGCAAUGCAAUUCUUCAAACUAAAUAUAUUAUACAUAAAUAUAUAUAUUUUUAUUUUGUUUUAAUUAUUUCUCAUAAAUAUCGAUCAUCAAUUAUAAUUUUCACAUUAAUUUGGAAAAAAUAAAAAAAUCAGUUUCAAAAUUAAUUUAAUAUGUAUAUAUAGAAAGAAAAAAAAAAAUGUCAGGCAUGCUGUAAUAUGUAUUUACAGAGUAUAUAAUUUUUUUUUUUUUUUUUUUUUUCUUUUUUUCCCUCGAGUUUUAAAAAAAACGAUUUUGCGGAAUUUUUUUUUUUUUACAAAUUGGCAUUUUGAGUGACAUCACAUUCAAGAUACUUUGUAACAAAUUUGUUAUAUUGUAAAAAUUAAAAUAGAUUAACUAUUAUAAUUUAGAUAAAAAAAAUUAUAUAUAAAAAAAAAAAAAAA